GUAUUCCUGCGAACAUGGGCUCCGCUGGUGUUCUGUUUGGUGGACGCGCCGCGGUCACUUCAGCGCUGACGUGGCUUGUCCUCCUUAUCUCAAUAAUGGUUCCCGCCAGCCACGAGGAUGAGCGACUUCGGUGGUGCGGCAAACGCCUCAAUCCAAGAGACUUCGCUCGUGGAAUGCGAGCAGCAACAGACUUAAUGCUGGCGUGCAAGGAGCAAAUCGUGACUCUCAACCUUAGCCCACUAGUCCUCAGGGAACAUCGGCGGCUGUGUGUCACCCUCCGGAUGUGCUACGCUUUCACCACCUACAGUGACGGUACUCCUACUGGAUUUCAAAAGGCCUUUUUGUAUUGUUUGGAGAGGCUGUUAACAACUGCGCAGAUCAUCAACCCGGUUCUCAUGGAGGAAAUACGCCUGAAUGUGACCAACCUGCUGAUUGCUGCGAAUACCUGCGCUUUAAAGCACAUACCGCGUGAAGAGAAGUACGCCCUGGCAAUUUUGGCAUAUUUCGCGGAUUUUAUUUCUGGAUAGAGUGAGACCAGUCGCAAACGAACAAAUGGCAUGUCAUCCACUGCUCAUUUACGUAAGCGCUGUCAUCUACCUUCUCCAAAUAAAGCCAUUCAACUUCA